UUGGCUCCAGAAACAACUAGUCCAGUGACGAGUGUCGCAUCCUGCCAUUCCAAAUGUCGGCGUGGCAGGAUGACCAGGAACGGCUUCCUCCCAUGAUCUCUCCGGAGGAUGUUGCAGAGAGGCAACGCUUAGCGGAGCUCAAGCAGUUCCGGAAGUACCUGGUAGACACAGGCAGCGUGCAAUGCUUGGUGAAGAUGUACAAGAAUGCAAUCAAGCACGAGAUGCGAAUCGACAACCCGCACUUGGUCACGCAGUUCUUGGCAGGUUACACGGACGGGAACCCUGAUGCAGAGGAGAUCGAGACCCUGACAAGGGAAAAUGCGACCUUGGAGGAGUACAACCGGGUCAUGGAGGCUCAGGUGGAGGAUCUGGAGCAGCAGAUCGAGCAGCAGAAGAGGCUGAAUCUGGCACGCCAAAUCUGGCAACGCCUGUGCCCAGACCAGGAGGACGUGUCACUGGAUGAGUUCUUCAUCCGAACCUGCGGCAGCGAGGUGGAGCCGUCCACAGGCCAGGUCCUGGUGGACCUGCUGCGCCCGGAGUUCUACAAAGACGUGGACCAGGCCACCGGCGCUCGCGUGACCCAAGAGGAGUUUGGCCAGAUCGUGGACGGACUUGAAGGCAGUGUCUUGACUUGGCUGCAGCGCGACCUUCUGCCCAGGUUAGAGUCCUGCGAGCCUGGGGAAGCUCCCUAUCGCAAGGACCUGAUGCAGGCCAUCAUCGACUCGGAUCUGUUGCCGCACGACACCUUUCUCCUGGCGGAUGCGGUGAAGUUGGAUGAAGACCUCGUGGGCCUUCUGGAGGCCCUCGCCGCGGGGCCCAAGGACGCGCCGCCCCCGGCCAUCGCGGAAGAGGAGGGAGACGAGGAGCCAGGUGACUGAGUCAGCCCCGGCAGUUUCACCAAGCGGACUGGUCUUGGCCG